UAAGGUAUCGGUGUAAUUUCUCCCUCUAAUUGGGUUCUAAUUUUGGUAAACGGAUGCCAUGGAAGAACUCACCAUUUUUGUUAAAUUUGAGGCAUGUGAAUGAAGAAUUGGAGAUGGGUUCCAUAUGUUUUACUUUAUUUUGGUGCUUCGAUUGGAUCGAUUUUAUAUCUUAAAAGCCAGGUAACAAUCUAUGGUGAUAUUUAUGGCAGCUACCAUGCUCUUGCAGGGGUAUUUUGAAUUGGAGUGAAGGGUAUUAAUUAAGAAUUCUUAGUAAAAUUCUCUCGAUAAAAAAUGAUACAUAGAAAAUUGUUUUGUUGCAGACUUUGGGGAUGUUUGUUAGCCUCUUAAUUGAAAAAUUAAGAGGCAAUGUCUAAACUAUUAAGAUUUAGAGUGUUUGUUUGGGUAUGAAAAAAAAGCAUCUUAAUUUUCAAAAAUCCUCUUAAAGUUUCAGAUAUAAUAUUACAUCUGAAUUAAAAAAAGGACGCGCCUUGCUCUUGCCUUUGCCCUAAUAAUUUUUCAUCCGUUUCUUUUUUCCUUUCUACUCCAUCGACCCUCACCCCCAUUUUCUCCUACCUCUCGAUCUGCAGCAAAAGAUUUUAUCUUCAAAACUCGUCUUGUGUUCUCUCUUCCGCAAUUGACGAAGCCGUCGCCGGCUUCAAUGACUCUGUCGUCUUCGACCACCGCCAUCGUCUCCAAUUUUUCCCG